AAUGCAAGAAGAAAAAAGUUGUUUGUAUACAUGCCAAUAUAAUUCUAAAAGAAUUUAAUAAAGUCUUUAAAAUACUAUUUAAUAACCAGAAGACAGCAAACAACAAUAAUAAUAACCAGAAAACAGCAAACAACAAUAAGAAAAAAUACCAACUAACAAUCCCAAAAUAAAAUUUAUUCCUAUUUAGAACUAAUAAUGUUUAGUCAAUUAAAUAAACUAACCACAAUAAUAAAUUAAUCAAACAAAUAAUUCAAAUCGAUAUGAUCAAGACUUAAGUAUAACUACGACCCAUAGUUAAUCAAUUUUUUAAACAAACUCAAUUAUUGAUUAAACUAUAUUUCAAACUAAAGCAAUAUUGUGCUUUAACUGUACCUAAAAUAUUAAACAAAAUUCUAUUUUAUUAUCUUGUUUUCAUUCAUAUCAUAAGGAAUGUUUAGAUGAAUUAAUAAAAGAAUAUAUUGAUAAAAAUUAACCAAUCAUUUUCUGUAGGUGUAAUAUGAAAAUACAUUAAAAGUUCAUAUUGAACCUAAUUUAAGAUCGAUAAUUAAAAAAAAAAUAUUUUAUCAAUUAGUUGUGUGGAAUGAUAUAAAAAGCUCCUUUAUAAUUUUAAUAAAGUUUAUUGGUUGAAAAUAAAAGUCAUCCAUAAAAUUUGAAAAAUAUUUUGGAUUAAUUGAUGGUUGAAGAUGAUACUCCUUAAAAAAUCCAUUAGAAAUGA